AUGGCUGGCCAACACAUCCUUCCUCAAGCUUUGUAUCAGAGCAAUAUGCUGAAAGCCAUGAAGAUCAGAGAGAGGACACCUGAAGAUCUGGUCAAGCCCCCCAGUGGAAUAAUUCACCACUUCAGGACUAUGCACAGAUACACCAUAGAAAUGUUCAGAAUGUGCCAGUUUUGCCCUCAGUUUCGGGAAACACUUCAGAAGGCCCUGACUGACCAGGCCACCCAGGCUUCACUGGAGCGCCACAGGAAGCUCAACUGGUGCAUGGAAGUUCGGAGACUGGUCCCUUUGAAGACUAAUGGUGAUGGAAAUUGCCUCAUGCACGCUGCAUCGCAGUACAUGUGGGGUAUUGAAGAUAUUGACCUUGUCCUAAGAAAAACUUUGUUUAGCGCACUCAGGGAGGUUGACACACGGAACUUCAAGCUGCGCUGGCAGCGGGAGGCUAUUAAAUCCCAGGAGUUUGUAGAAACAGGACUGCACUAUGACACCCGGAACUGGGAGGAGGAGUGGGAAUACCUCAUUGAAAUGACCUCCCCAGAAACAUCUGGGGCUCGAAACAGGCUUCCAUAUAAUGCACUGGAAGAAAUCCACAUCUUUAUCCUUGCUAACAUCCUCAGAAGGCCAGUCAUUGUUCUUGCAGAUAAAGUAGUGAGAAGUUUGGAGUCAGGCUCCAGUUUUGCUCCUCUGAACGUUGGUGGCAUUUACUUGCCUCUCCUUUGGCCAGCUGAAGAAUGCUACAGAUACCCAAUUGUGCUUGGCUACGACAAUAUGCAUUUUACACCACUCGUGACUCUGAAGGACAGCGGGCCAG